GGGCGGGCACUGACGUGGCCGCAUCGCGCCGCCAUCUUGUGCUCCAGGGCGGAUCGCGGCCGGGGCGAGCGGGCUCCGAGCGGGACCCUCCGAGCGCUGCCAGACCCACGGCCCGCGGCUCCCGACGACGCCGGAAUUUUAUCCCGCUUGUGCUCCUAAAACGAUCAGUGCAGCAAUUACUGACAGCAUUCGGGUGGAGGGAAGGAGGAAGUUCCACUUCAGUAAGGAAUACAGAAGACUUCACUGGCCAGUGAGAACACACCUGAACCAUGGGAAAUAUUUUUGCAAACCUCUUCAAAGGCCUUUUUGGCAAAAAAGAAAUGCGCAUUCUAAUGGUUGGCCUGGAUGCUGCAGGAAAGACAACUAUUUUGUACAAACUUAAACUUGGUGAAAUAGUAACUACUAUUCCUACUAUAGGUUUCAAUGUGGAAACGGUAGAAUACAAGAACAUCAGCUUCACAGUGUGGGACGUGGGUGGUCAGGACAAGAUCAGACCCCUGUGGCGCCACUACUUCCAGAACACACAAGGUCUGAUUUUUGUGGUUGACAGCAAUGACAGAGAACGUGUGAACGAGGCCAGAGAAGAGCUUAUGAGAAUGUUGGCAGAAGAUGAGCUCAGAGAUGCUGUUUUAUUAGUGUUUGCUAACAAACAGGACCUGCCGAACGCCAUGAAUGCAGCAGAAAUCACAGACAAACUUGGACUGCAUUCUCUUCGUCACAGGAACUGGUACAUCCAGGCCACCUGUGCCACUAGUGGAGACGGUCUCUAUGAAGGACUGGACUGGUUGUCCAAUCAGCUCAGAAACCAGAAAUGAAACCAUAAACCUUCCUCUUCCCUCUUUUUCCACCCCUCCCUCUUAUCUCCUCCUACUCGCCCUUCGCUUUACUCUAAUGUGGCAAACUGUGCUACUUUGUGGUAUUGAGUGCCGGAAGCUGUUUUCAUUUCUUUUUGUCACAGUAUAUAUUGCAUCAUGCUGUAAAUGUGGCAAAUACAAGCCUGAAAACAGUUAGGUUUCUUAUUUAAUGUAAAUAGUUUUUGUUUCCAAUGAGGCAGUUUCUGGUACUCCUAUGCAAUAUUACUCAGCUUUUUUUAUUGUAAAGAAUCGAGUCACUGUUUAGUACCUGGAAGGGAAUUCAGUGGGUUAAUAACGUAAGGGUUGCCAGUGGUCCUUGUGCAGUAGAGCUGGAUUCCAUCUUGGUUGGGUUGUGAGAUCUGUGAGAUCCAUUUUGGUGGUUGGUUUUUAACCUGAAUUCUGUAUUUUUUUAAAUAGACAAGGAAAAGUAAAAACACUUCAAACACACAAAUGUUUGACAUCGCUUCUGCUGCUCCAGCUCUAACGUGGUGACUCUUGAUUCUUUUGAGAGGGUGAAGCAAUGACUGACACCCAAUUAGCUUCAUCUGCUUAACGAACAGAUCAUAAUUAGUAGAUCUCUGGCUCUUUCUGUAGCUCGUAGUCUGUGCUCAUCUUCGUUCACAACAGUUCAGAGAUUUGCUGGGCCUGGUUUAGAUGAGCUUUGCAGACUCAUGCUAAACAUCUGACUUUUGGUUCAGGUGAGAUUUCUCGUUUCCAUUGAACUUGAAUCAUUUCCAGAAGUCGACAUUUUUAGCCUGUCAUAUUUGUCAAAAAGUGUUUUGUACUUUUCUUGUGCGUAAACCACUCCAGGAGGCAAAACCUUUCCACAGGAAGCACAGCCUGUCCUAGUCCUAAGCUCUAUAGGCAGAAAGUACUGUACUUAACGUAAGAAUUGCCAUGAAAAACACCAAACAUCUAUGUAUAGUGUCUAGGGAAAAAAAAACAACAAAAAGCAUGAGAGUUUGGAGAGUCAUUCCACUCUACGAGUAUUCAAUCCCAUUUUGGAACAAUCCCAUAUCUGUAUAUGUGUGAAAACCCUUGGCAUCCCUCAUACUGCAAGGUUCAGAUUUGCCAUCAGAAAAAUAAAAAAAAGACCUCUUUACUUUUCUUUUGUAUUUUGAUAAACACUGAAGAAGCUGGAGCUGUUAAACUUUAACUCGAGGAACUAUCAGAACUGGUUUAUUUAGUGUUGUGGAAACCUUUAUUGCUUUCAAUACACAACUAGUAAUCAACUGUUUUGUAUACUUGUUUUCAGUUUUCAUUUCGACAAACAAGCACUGUAAUUAAAGCUAUUAGAAUAAAAUCUCUUAACUAUUUCAUGUUUUUUAUGCCUUGCUGUUCAUUCGAUCAUCUUGGCAGAAUCAUAAUUAAAUACUUGUUGAAUAAAAAGUUUCAUGAAACUUG